AUGGCCGCCGUCGCCUCUUCCUCUGCUGUCCGCGUGGCUGCCGUGUUCGGCGCCAAGAACCAGAAGCUCAAUGCCAAGAGCUUCGCCGGCGCUUCCCUCGCCGUGAAGGCCGCUCCCGCGCGCCUGACCAUGGCCGCGGAGGCCCCCGCCGGCUUCUCCCCCCCGGAGCUGAAGUCCGACACGCCGUCGCCCAUCUUCGGCGGCAGCACCGGCGGCCUUCUCCGCAAGGCUCAGGUCGAGGAGUUCUACGUGAUCACGUGGGAGGCCAAGAAGGAGCAGAUCUUCGAGAUGCCUACCGGCGGUGCCGCCAUCAUGCGCGCGGGCCCCAACCUGCUGAAGCUCGCCAGGAAGGAGCAGUGCCUCGCGCUCGGCACCCAGCUUAGGACAAAGUUCAAGAUUAACUACCAGUUCUACCGCGUGUUCCCCAGCGGCGAGGUGCAGUACCUCCACCCUAAGGACGGCGUGUACCCCGAGAAGGUGAAUGCUGGCCGCGCCAACGCCAACGUGAACCUGCGCUCCAUCGGCAAGAACGUUGAUCCCGCCGUUGUCAAGUUCACCUCGAAGAGGGCUAUCGACUUGUAG